GGACAAGGGGUCACAGCUUAAGGAUAAGGGGGGAAUCCUUUAAAACCUUUUUCACACAGAGAGUGGUGAAUCUCUGGAACUCUCUGCCACAGAGGGCAGUUGAGGCCAGUUCAUUGGCUAUAUUUAAGAGGGAGUUAGAUGUGGCCCUUGUGGCUAAGGGGAUCAGAGGGUAUGGAGAGAAGGCAAGUACGGGAUACUGAGUUGGAUGAUCAGCCAUGAUCAUAUUGAAUGGCGGUGCAGGCUCGAAGGGCCGAAUGGCCUACUCCUGCACCUAAUUUCUAUGUUUCUAUGUUUCCUAUUCUAAAAAAUGUGGGAGGAAUCCUGCCAUCUGGUGGGACGAGGAGAAACUGCAUCUUCCCAACCACAGUGAGACAGACCACAGAGCAAGCGGACGACAGUGAGCCAGCCUCACUCACAGCUGCUGAAUGCAGCACCCUGCCAACACAAUCCUUCAUGGGUUUGCUUUGGCUGCUUUCAUUUCUACAUUCUUCUCUUUUUGGAGAUGAGGUGUUGGAAGAACUCAGGAUGUCAGGGUCAACGUCUUCUUACGACCAUCUCGUGAAGCAAGUCGAGGCACUUAGGAAAGAGAACUCUCACCUUCGGAGAGAGCUGGAGGACAACUCCAGCCAUCUGACUAAGCUGGAGACCGAGACGUCGGACAUGAAGGAGAUGCUGAAGCAACUUCAGAACAAACUCGAGCAAGAGGCGAGCAACUUGGUUCCUACUGGGAGAAGCGACAUCUUGGACCAGCUGACAGAGCUGAACACCGAUAUUGCCAGUCUGUGCGACAACAAGUGGCAAUCGAACAUGGUGUGCACGGGACCCGGCAGAUUUACACUGGACCAGACAUUUGAGAGAAAUCAGGCGCACCCUACAACUCCGUUGGCCCAAGACUACGUGCCUCGCCCACACGGGCGAUUGGAGCACCUGGAGGAACUCAACGAAGAAAGGGCACUGCUUCUUUCCGAGAUUGAAAAGGAAGAGAAGGAGAAGGCAUUUUAUUGUGCGCAGAUCCAGAAUCUUGGCAAGCGAGCGGAUGAGAUGUUACAAAUCAGAAGCGUUUCGAAGCACAUGGACCUGAUUCGGCAACAGCUACAGUAUGAGGCUCAUCAGAUCAAAGCCAUUAUUGAGGAGAGAUACGGGACAGGUGACAGCACAACUGAACGACUCCAGAUGCGAAUGAACCGGGUGCAAGAGAUUGAAAAGGAGAUUCUUCAGUCGCAACAGAGAGUGCGUGAGACCGAGACCGAGGUCAGAUUCAUAGACUUUGCUUCAGUUAAUGGAGACCAUUAGAAUGUAAUAAUGGAACUAAAAUAUACUCCUAAACAGCAAGGCAGCAACUUGCUUGAAAUCUUCUUUGACAUGAGGCAUGAAGCAUGAGGGGAUUGUGUUCCCGUGGGUGAAUCUGGAGACUGGAUUAUUCACUGUCUUUGAUCUUUGAGUGCAUUGUGCGCUGUGUAUUUUAAUGGUAAAAGUAUUCUCCCUUCAUGUGGAGCCACAUUUUAAAUUUAUUUGUUCGAUUAUGAAAAUUGCAUUA